AGCUGAAGAAAAUGGAGAUGAAAGCCAGUCCACGCCUCAGCAUCCUGAGGAAAUGUUCUUCCUUGAAGUUCUGAGCUCUCUAAGAAGUCACCGCAAAACCAGAUGCAUCAGACGUUUGCAGGACGUCCUUGUUUAGAGCCGGGAAAUAAACCACGAAACAGCGCCAGGAAGAGUCCAGGCCUGCCGGUGCUUCCGCGAACCCCUCACCCCGACCUCCUCCUUCCCCAGCUCCUACCUGCAGGCCUCAGGCCUCCUGACCUCCAGACUCCUCACCCUCCGGCCAGCCUCUGCUCUACACCCGUCUUUGUGCCCUGCUUCCAAUCACGCCGGGCCUCGGGGUCCCUGUCUCUAACUUCACUAUCAGACUCAGGUGCUUCUCCACACUCCACCCUCUCCAACACUGUUUGGAAUCUCAGGCUUGCUCCCAAUCCUGUGAGCUAACUUUGAAAAGACCGCUGUUCCUAAGGAGAGAGAAAGGAGGAAGAGAUGAGAAAGGAAGACAGAGAAAGAAACUCUAUGAUCAUGGUUUUUCCCAAAUUCAUGGUUACAUUAGAACUUACUAUGUGCAAAGAUAGAAGCAGGGGUCAACAGAGUUCCAGAGAAUGAAUGCUGACGACUGAGCACCAGCCUCCACUCCCGGCCCCACAGUGAGUGUCCCUCCUCUGUAUGCUCACGCGGUGAGUCCACACUGUGAAUCCUCCACAUUCUACCACUUCUCCCCAAUCACUGGCUUGUCGUAGGAUCAGAAGUUCCCUAAGAACAAGAGUCUUCUCCCAGUGUAUCCCCAGCACCUAAUACAAGGAGCAGGCAUCUGCUAAACACUUGUGGAAGCAGUGAAGUUGAGAGACCAGGAAGGGCCUGCAGGCGCUGUGGUGAGCCUGCCUGUCGUCCAGGUGGCUGCAGCAAGCAAACAUGGGUUUUCCUUGGAAGAACUGUGGACCAUCAACCCAUUAAGUACCGAGUUACUUCUAUCAGGGCAAGGCUGUGGAAUCCUGUUAUCCUAGACAAUGAGGUACAGGGUGCAAGCAGAUCUGUGUGCUGCUGUCUUCCAGUGAGCGGACCAAGUUCCCACUUCGCAUCCUCCUCCCGUCUCACCCACUGCUGCUCCCAAGAGAGCAAUUCAUCACGUCAGUGUCUGGUGUUUUCUUGAAGACCUGUGCUAAAUAAAGUGGGUUAUUUAUAAAGUGAGA